AUGGAUAGCAUGAGUGAGGCAUUUGAUCAAAUGCAAAUGGUCAAGGAUGUUCUAGCCAACAGUGAUAAAGUUUCAGAGGUCCUACAAGAGUCUACUCAUCAGUUCAACCUGCUUACUUCACCCACCUUCCUACCAAAGGUCAAGGAUCAAGGGAAAUUCACUCUCCCUUGCACACUUGGGCAUCUUGAGAUUGACAAUGCCUUAGUGGAUUCUGGAGCAAGCAUCAAUCUGAUCUCUCUCUCCAUGGCAGAGAAGCUAGGCAUAGCUGGAGCCUUGCAGCGCCCUACUACUUCAAUCAUGUUUGGAGAUGCAACUUCUAAGUCUCCUCUUGGAGUGUUCAAGAACUAUCACUUGAAAAUUGGAGAAUGCAUCAUCCAAACUGAUCUCACUGUGAUGGAAAUGGAAGAAGAGAAGGAUUUGCCUCUGUUAUUGGGAACCCCUUUCCUUAGUACAGUUGGCGCUUCAAUAGACUUUCACAAGCAAGAAGUGAUCCUUCACAAGGUGAAUAGUUUGGUGUCAUAUCGCUUGCAGCCUAGAGGUUCAGACUUUUGUGCCACAAUUGACAGUACCAAUCUCAGUUCUAAGAGUCAUGGAGCUACAAAGGUUGUGAAGGAAAGGGUUGACAAGGAACCAAGAGUUGGGAAGGAUAAGGAUGAGAGAGGACCAAGGAUUGAGAAGCCACGUCUUGAGAGGGCUAGAGUUGAGAAACCACGAUCUGAUAGGCCAAGAGCUGAGAGACUUGUUCAAGCCCCUUGUGUGCUUGAUGAAGAGAGCCUUCAAGCUUUGUUUGAUGAGCCACUAGGAAGGGCUCUAAAGAAGGGGAGGAUGCAGCCUCUAAGGCAAGACCAGGAGAUAAAAGAAAGGAUCCACCAGCUCAGGCCCCUUCAGUCAAGCCAUCUCAGCUCACAAUGA